GUUGCGUCACAGGAGUGCCAAAAAAGAACUUAGGGGGAAGCGGGCUUUAACUUGCUGCGGGGUCGCUGCACCCUGCGCUUCAGACACCUUCACGAGAGGCCUUCGUGGUCGCAGUGGAAAAAGUGAAAUCUCCGAGCCGCUCCGCCAGAUGGGACCCGGCCCCGCGCGGGGACGCCGGGAGAGCUACGGCUGAGGAGAGCCACGGAAUUUGGGCCGGGGUUGCCGGAGGAGCUCGGACCUCGGGGUCUUGUCUCAGCUCCGUGGUGCUUCUCCCCCCGGAGGAAGGGAGAGCUGAGCUGAGCCAGACGGAUCAGCGCGUACUCAGGAGCCUACCCAGCCGUAAACUAGGCGAGCUUUAUAUUCUUUGCAACAUGGGAGCUCCUUACAGGAGCUUCUCAGUGCAAGGAUCUCAGGACCAAAGAAUGUGCUCUCUGCUCCUGGCUGUUCUUCCUUGGUGGUAGUGGAAUCCUCUCCCUCCUCUGGGGUGACUCGGUUCAAGUCCAGUGGAACACAAACUGACCUGACCAAUCCCUUUGGUGGGCCACAAUUACCUUAUCUUCAUAGUCUCACCCAGUCACCUGGGUGGGAGUUACAAGGACACACAAAGUAACCCAUUGCACCAUAACUAGGCUAAUACAUUUUUAGUUGGACUAUUUCUCCUACAGUUUUGGUGAAGACUUUUUAACCUUUCUUUUAGAAGAUAUGAGUGGAGAGUAUAGAGGCAGAGGAUUUGGACGAGGAAGAUUUCAAAGCUGGAAAAGAGGAAGAGGUGGUGGAAACUAUUCAGGAAAGUGGCGAGAAAGGGAACACAGACCUAACCUGAAUAAAACCACAGAGAAACAUUCUUCUGAACAAAUCCCACAGUCUUUGCUACUGCAGUCAACACUGGAUAAGUUCAUACCAUAUAAAGGCUGGAAGUUUUAUUUCUCGGAAGUUUACAGUGAUAGCUCUCCUUUUAUUGAGAAGAUUCAAGCAUUUGAAAAUUUUUUCACAAGGCGCAUUGAUUUAUAUGAUAAGGAUGAAAUAGAAAGAAAGGGAAGUAUUUUGGUGGAUUUUAAAGAGCUGACGAAAGAUGAUGAAAUCGCUAACUUGAUACCUAAUAUAGCAAAUGAACUAAGGGAUACGCCUGAGAAAACCUUGGCUUGCAUGGGUCUGGCAAUACAUCAGAUAUUAACUAAGGACCUUGAAAGGCACGCAGCUGAAUUACAAGCCCAAGAAGGAUUGCCCAGUGAUGGGGAGACAAUGGUAAAUGUGCCGCACGUUCACGCAAGGGUGUAUAACUAUGAGCCCUUGACACAGCUCAAGAAUGUCCGAGCAAAUUACUAUGGAAAAUACAUUGCUCUAAGAGGGACGGUGGUUCGAGUCAGUAACAUAAAACCCCUUUGCACCAAGAUGGCUUUUCUGUGUGCUGCAUGUGGGGAAAUUCAGAGCUGUUCUCUUACAGAUGGAAAAUAUAAUCCCCCCACAAAGUGUCCUGUGCCUGCGUGUCGAGGGAAGUCAUUUACUGCUCUGCGUAGCUCUCCUCUCACAGUCACGAUGGACUGGCAGUCGAUCAAAAUCCAGGAGCUGAUGUCUGAUGAUCACCGAGAAGCAGGUCGAAUUCCCCGAACAAUAGAAUGCGAGCUGCUUCACGAUCUUGUGGAUAGCUGUGUCCCAGGAGACACGGUGACUAUUACUGGAAUUGUCAAAGUCUCCAAUGCUGAAGAAGGCUCUCGAAAUAAGAAUGACAAAUGCAUGUUCCUUCUAUACAUUGAGGCAAAUUCUGUUUGCAAUAGCAAAGGGCAGAAAACAAAGACUUCAGAGAGUGGGUCUAAGCAGGGAACAUUGAUGGAGUUCUCACUCAGAGACCUUUAUGCUGUCCAAGAGAUUCAAGCUGAAAAAAAUCUGUUUAAGCUCAUUGUCAACUCGCUGUGUCCUGUCAUUUUUGGUCAUGAACUUGUCAAAGCAGGUUUGGCAUUAGCACUCUUUGGAGGAAGCCAGAAAUACGCAGAUGACAAAAACAGAAUUCCAAUUCGAGGAGACCCACACAUCCUUGUUGUUGGAGAUCCAGGCUUGGGAAAGAGUCAAAUGCUACAAGCAGUGUGCAACAUUGCUCCACGUGGCGUAUAUGUUUGUGGUAAUACCACUACCACCUCUGGUCUGACUGUAACCCUUUCAAAAGACAGUUCCACUGGAGAUUUUACUCUGGAAGCUGGUGCUCUAGUACUUGGUGAUCAAGGUAUUUGUGGAAUAGAUGAAUUUGAUAAGAUGGGAAAUCAACAUCAAGCCUUGUUAGAAGCCAUGGAACAGCAAAGUAUUAGUCUUGCUAAGGCUGGAGUGGUUUGUAGCCUCCCUGCAAGAACUUCCAUUAUUGCUGCUGCAAAUCCUGUUGGAGGACAUUACAAUAAAGCCAAAACAGUUUCUGAGAAUUUAAAAAUGGGGAGUGCCCUGUUGUCCAGAUUUGACUUGGUCUUUAUUCUGUUAGACACCCCGAAUGAGGAUCAUGAUCACUUACUCUCUGAACAUGUGAUUGCAAUAAGAGCUGGGAAGCAGAGAGCUGUUAGCAGUGCCACAGUAACUCGUAUGAAUAGCCAAGAUUCAAAUACUUCUGUGCUUGAAGUGGUUUCUGAUAAGCCAUUAUCAGAAAGACUAAAGGUGGUUCCUGGAGAAACGAUAGAUCCCAUUCCCCACCAGCUGUUGAGAAAAUACGUUGGCUACGCCCGGCAGUAUGUCUAUCCAAGGUUAUCCACAGAUGCUGCCCAAGUUCUUCAGGAUUUUUACCUGGAGCUCCGGAAACAGAGCCAGCGGUUAAAUAGCUCACCAAUAACGACCAGGCAGCUGGAAUCUCUGAUUCGUCUGACAGAGGCACGAGCAAGGUUGGAGUUGAGAGAGCAAGCAACCAAAGAAGAUGCUGAAGAUAUAGUUGAAAUUAUGAAAUACAGCAUGCUAGGAACUUACUCUGAUGAAUUUGGGAACCUGGAUUUUGAGCGCUCACAGCACGGUUCUGGAAUGAGCAACAGGUCAACAGCAAAAAGAUUUAUUUCUGCUCUCAACAACAUUGCUGAAAGAACUUACAAUAAUUUAUUUCAAUUUCAUCAACUUCGACAGAUUGCCAAAGAGCUAAAUAUUCAGGUUGUUGAUUUUGAAAACUUUGUUGGAUCACUAAAUGACCAGGGUUACCUCUUGAAAAAAGGCCCGAAGGUUUACCAGCUUCAGACUAUGUAAAAGGAUUUUACCAAGUCAGGGCCUCUUGGGCUUAUUAGCAAUUUAAGCCAUUUCGAUAAUAAUAGGCAAAAAAAUACUGUUCUUUGAAAAUGACAUUGCAAACAUAAUGUCAUAGCAACAAAUGUUAGAUAUGAUGAACCACUCUAAGAAAUGAUAAAGUCAUGUGUUAAUUUUUUACAACUUCUCUAAAAUGCUAAAAAUAAAUUACGUACAUUAUUUUAUGUAAAUGAUAUAAAUUAUUUAUAGUUAUAUGUUUGACCUGUCUUCAUUUUUUUAAAUAUUUCAGUUUUGCAUAUCAAAUGUCCAUUUGGGUAAACAUUCAGAAAGUUACAUUUUAAUAUGUAAAUAGUUCCAACACAAAAAUAUGAUUACCUUUCAGAAAUAAAUUGAAACCAACAUUCAGUUGUAAAAACUGGAAAUAUUUUGUUGACAUAUUCAGGUUAACAUCUUAGCUACUGAAGAUUUUCUUAACAUUUUAGAUUUAGAUACCUCUCAUGCACUGGGCUGGGCUUGGCUUGGCUUGGUGUGUACUUAGAAAAAACUAUAUUAAGUUAGUUAAAAUGUGUAUGUAUUUGAACUUUAAAUAGUUGUGCAUGGUUUAUCCUAAAGCCUAGCGGUCUCUGUUCCAUGCUUCCCACACCCUAAUUUUUGCUCAGUUUCAGCUGUUCUCCUAUUUACCUCCUUUUUUUCUACAGAACAUGCUCCCAGUUAUACUAGUUGCUGUCGAGUCAAUUCCAACUUAGAGCGACCCUGUAAGACAGAGUAGAACUGCCCUAUAGGGUUUCCAAGGAGCACCUGGUAGAUUUGAACUGCAGACCUCUUGCAUAGCAGCCAUAGCUCUUAACCACUACGCCCCCAGGGUUUCCGUAAACAUGCUAGUACUGCUUAUUCUUGAAUUUUCAGUUUAAACAUUGUCUAUUAACUUCCUACUAUAGAAACUGAGAAUGUUGUUCUCUUAAACCCCUCCACAUAAAUAUUUACAUAACCUCAUUUCUUCCCACUUUAGUUAUAUACCAUAAUUUUUAGUUAAAUGUAUAUUUAGCUUUUAUAUCAUUAAGACUACUGAAUAUUAGUCAUUUCCUUUCUUGCACAGCUUUUUGUUUUCCCUACAGUUAAUAAUUGCCUUGUUUUUUCCAACUAUGUAGCUUUCUACGUAUCUACCACUAAUGUGACUUGAGGCUCCAUGGUAAGUGUAACUCUCCCCUCAGAACACGUACACACAUCAAGUAGUCUUCCCUGGGAUUUUCUGUCCUGCUCUAGUCUGACCUACACAACUGUCGUCCUGGGACUGCUCAUUAUUCUUCCCUAUUUCCUAGCUCUGUGCCUUCCUCUC